AUGUGCCCCGUGUUCAUUUAUGUCCCAGUAUCGGAAACACUGCAGUUGGGAAUCUGGAGUUUAGAUGGAGAUCCGGCGCAGAGUCAUUUACUCAAAUUCGCAUUGAACGAGCCCAGUGUGUGGCACACCAUGUUGCUCAUAUGUGUCAGUCUGACAGACCCGUGGUCCAUCAUGAACGAGUUACAAAUGUGGUUGCGUAUUGUUCAGCAGCACGUAGUUCGUCUCAACCUGGCCCCGGGAGAAAUGAAAGCACUUCGAGAUUCCAUUGAGACACAAUUCAGAUCGUACGCGGAACCAGUGAGGGCUGAAAAAUCAAAAGCGAGCGCUGAUGGCAGCGAGGAACAGUCAAGUGUUGCACAUAACACAACUGCUCAAAUUAUUCGUCGAGGAUCGCAUUGCAUAACGUUGCGUGAUGAUCAAACAGGAUGGCCAUACACACCGUUGCAUCCGAUGGAGCCAAGCACCGAAGACCCCGGGGAGGGACAGGAAGACGCCCACGAAAAGUCAGUGGAUGCUGGUAAAGGAAACCCUCUGGGCGUACCGAUCAUAAUUGUUGUAACGAAGGUAGGUAGAUUUCGCAUUAGGAAUUCGCACAGUACAAAGGGUCAGUUUGCUUAA